AUGAUUAAAUUAACAUUAAGCGAAGCAAUGAAGAUCGGAUUCAUCGGAGGCGGCAGAUUGGCUUUCGCGUUAGCUAAUGGAUUUAUUACCGCAGGUCUUGCAAAAGCAGAUGAAAUAACGGCUAGCUGCCAUCCGUCCGAUGUAGCAAGUGCUAAAGCUUUCAAGGAUUUAGGAGCCACAGCUGUGUUCGAAAACAAACCGGUUGUAGAACGUUCCGAAGUUGUAAUUGUUUCGGUGAAACCCGAUGUGGUGGUGCCGGCACUUCGAGAAGUUAAGGAUUUGCCAGCCUCCAAGAAUAAACUUUUCAUAUCUGUGGCAAUGGGAAUUACAACCGCAACUGUUGAAAAGAGUUUACCAUUAGAAGCUCGUGUUAUUCGGGUAAUGCCGAACACACCAGCUCUUGUCAAAGAAGGCGCUGCAGCUCUCAGCCGAGGAUCGAGAGCGACAGAUGAAGAUGCCAAACUUACUGCGCAGCUGUUCCGUGCAGUUGGUACUUGUGACGAGGUUCCAGAGUACCAGAUGGACGCUAUCACAGCUCUGAGUGGAAGUGGUCCUGCUUAUGUUUACAUGCUUAUAGAAUCUUUAGCAGACGGUGGGGUCCGAUGCGGACUACCUCGCGAUCUGGCUUUAAGGCUUGCUGCACAGACGACCCUGGGAGCGGCGGCAAUGCUCCGCACUGGAGGUCACCCGGCCGCUUUAAAGGAUAACGUCACAAGUCCGGGAGGAUCUACUGCCGAGGGAACUUAUCAUCUUGAACAGAAUGGUUUUCGCUCUGCUAUAAUAGGUGCAGUCACAGCAGCUACGGAGAGAUGUAAGGUGGUCAAUCAACAACUUAAUAAUUAA